AAAAUGUCAAGCCGGAACAUAAAUCUCAUGAAAAAUAACAAAAUAUAAACACAAGGAUGUAUGGCAAGAUUUUUUUUUUGUGAAACGUAACUACAGUACAGCAAGCAUGUCUUGGGAAAAACUAAACAGAUUCAUACUAAAAACGUGGAAAAAAGAUAAUGAUUCCGAAGCAGUGCAGCUAACACCAAAAGAAGAUGAAAAUGAGGAGAAAAAACGAGGAUCGUGGGGAAAUAAAGUGGAAUUUAUCCUAGCAUCUAUCGGAAUAGCUGUUGGUUUAGGAAAUAUAUGGAGGUUUCCUUACUUGUGUCAGAAAAACGGAGGAGGUGCUUUCCUUAUACCCUACUUCACGAUGAUGAUCAUAGAAGGAAUUCCGCUCUUCUACAUUGAGUACGCUGUUGGACAGCGUUUUAAAAGAAGUGCAAUAGGAUGUUGGAGCAGUAUCCACCCCGCGCUGAAGGGUGUUGGUAUUUCGUGUUUAGUGACUUCUAUGUUUUUGUGCAUUUAUUACAUCAUAGUAAUUGCAUGGUGUUUUCACUAUCUUUUUGCCUCGUUUUCCUCAAAGCUGCCAUGGAGGCUGGAGAAUUGUCCAGCAUAUAACGAGUACAAGAAUUUGUCGGACAGUUGCCAUAGUAAUAAAUCAGUAACGGACUGCUCUGCAAUGAGGAACUUCUCCUCCUGUUGUGUACAUGAUCCUCAGUUACAUUAUUUCUACACAAAAGUAUUACACGUCUCACCUUCUCUUGAUGAUGUUGGAGAAGGAGUGCAGUAUAAACUGUUUGGCUGUCUUUUUGCUGCUUGGUUGAUAUGUUAUAUAUGCAUCGUGAAAGGGGUUCAAUCCACAGGGAAGGCUGCGUAUUUCACAGCUACAUUUCCAUACCUUAUAUUGAUUAUCCUAUUGGUAUAUGGGCUAACUCUGGAAGGAGCGGAAAUUGGCUUGAAAGCUUUGUUUAAACCCGAUUUCAAAAAGGUCUUGGAGCCGGAAAUCUGGUUGGACGCAGCAGUUCAAAUGUUUUUUACGUUGAGUUUGGGAUUUGGUGCAUUGAUCUCUUUCGCUAGUUACAUGCCUAUAAAAAACAACUGCGUGAGAGAUGCCUACACCGUUGUCUUGAUCAAUUGCGCUACUUCACUUUUCUCUGCAAUAGUUGUUUUCUCUAUAUUGGGACAUCGAGCAUAUCGGCUUGGUGGAGAAGUUGAUAAGAUUGGUGGUGGACCUGGUCUUGUUUUUAUAACCUUUUGCGACGCAUUUCUUCAAAUGCCUGUAUCACCACUUUGGUCUAUUCUGUUUUUCAUCAUGUUGAUUCUGUUGGGCAUUGGUUCAGAAUUUGGUACACUUGAAGGUUUUAUCACACCAUUCUAUGAUAUGAAUUGGGUGAAAAUUCCAAGAGAGAUUUUCACAGGUGUUGUUGCAGCCAUCAUGUUUUUGGUUGGGAUAAGUUUUGUUUCGUCACCUGGAUAUUAUCUCUUUCAACUUUUUGAUGAAUACUCUGUCUCAUUUGGUUUAGUCGUCAUAGCGUUUUUCCAAACAAUAGCUAUCUCGUGGGUGUAUGGUACUGACAGAUUUGCUGAUGAUAUUGAGUAUAUGACAGGAAAACGACCUUAUCUGUUUUGGAUGAUUUGUUGGAAAUAUAUCUCACCAGUAGCUAUCUUUAUAAUUUUUGUUGCAAAUUGUCAUCAACAAAUAACAAAGGGAGCAACAUAUAUGGCUUACGUUGGAUGUGCACAACAAUUGAUUUCAUUUUCACCAUUUGGAAGUGGCGUUGAAGGGUCAAUAAAAAAAGUUUCACACAGUACGUGGGCGCAAAUCUUUAUUACAGUGAUAAUCCUGUCUGCAGUGAGCCCAAUUUUUAUAUAUUUAAUCAAAGAUUUAGUACAAAAUCCAACAAAGUGGAGAGAGGGGUUUCGUAAGAAGUUUUGUACUUUGGCCGAAUACCAUCCCGAUCCAAGCAUAGUUGAUCGAAGUCGAAGAAAAUCACCAGAAGAGAUUGAAAUAGAUAUAAGGAAAAAACUUAAUGAGGCUUGAUCUUAGAUUUACAAAAACGUCGCUACAAGAUAAGCUCCUUCCUAACCUUGUUUGUUUCUGCUACCUCCUAGCUGUGAAUUUGUUAAAAUAUCCCGAACUUUCUAAAUAUUUCGACCUUGGUGUAAACAAUAUAAUUUCUCUCGCUUUUUGCCUUAGUUUGGGGCAGAUUUGAAAAAUAAAGACGUGCAAAAUCCUUCCCUUCAACCUUGGUCUCAGUCCUUGUAGCUUUUAUUCGUGUUUCGUUCUCAUGUGUUAAAUACAGACAGAUUUUGAACCGAAGUUGUCUUCUCAAAUCUAUUACCUUUAGGAAAGAAUUUUUUCCUGGAACAUAUAUUUGUGAUUGAUAGUUUUUUUAAGCAUCUGCAACUUAAUUUUCCAUGAAAAAUAACUACUUUAAAUUUGCAUUUUGAAUAUAAAACAAGAAAAGUGUUGACAAUAUAGUGUCUUUAUCAAGAAUAUAAAGUACAUCACUGCACAAAAUGAUACGAAUAACAAUUGAAGAAAAUAUUUAAAGAUUAUCAUUACUAUUUUUUUAUUUUUAAUUCAUUUUUUUAUUUAUUUUUGUGAUCUGUUAUGGAAAGUGCAGCUUCACGGAAUUUUAUUUUCCAAAUAGGGUUGCUGAAGUAAGUUCUGCAGAAAUAUAUUUUCGCAAAAAUUUC